AUAUGCAAGUUUUGGGGUGAAUUAGGACGAGAUUUUCCGCAAGAUGAAUCUUGAUCGGUCAAACCGGUGGAACAGAGCUGGCUAGGACGAGCCCAUCCCCGAGAUAAUGAACAAAGCCCAUAAGAGGAAACGCCCUCACCCACACGACGGCGACUCCAAAUCGCCGGCAGUUAAACCCACCGUCGACGGUAGAGGCGGGGGCGACCCGUACCCGACCCAUCCCAGGCCAACUCCUGACGAGUGCCGAGCAGUGAGGGACGUUCUCUUGUCUCUCCACGGCUUCCCUCCCGAGUUCGCCGGUCACCGCCGCCGGAGACUCCGGUCGCUCUCCGAUGUGGACGGAGGAACCGAUUGCGAUCGCCAUUCUACGGAUACGGAGGAGGAUGAGAGUGUGCUUGAUGGGCUUGUUAAAACGCUUCUGUCUCAGAACACCACCGAGGCCAAUUCCCUAAGGGCUUUUGCUUCUCUCAAAGCUGCGUUUCCGACAUGGGAAGAUGUUCUUGUUGCUGAUCUUAAAUCUAUCGAGGAUGCUAUAAGAUGUGGAGGUUUGGCCCCCAAAAAAGCUGCGUGUAUCAAGAACAUAUUGGCCCGUCUGCACAGCGAGAAAGGCAAGUUAUGCUUGGAGUACUUGCGAGGUUUAUCGGUAGAUGAAGUCAAAACCGAGCUCUCUCGUUUCAAAGGCGUCGGCCCGAAAACGGUUUCUUGUAUUCUAAUGUUCAAUCUCCAGCACAAUGAUUUCCCAGUUGACACUCAUGUAUUCGAGAUCUCGAAGACGAUGGGUUGGGUUCCAGCAAUGGCAGACAGGAACAAGACUUAUGUUCAUCUGAACAGAAGGAUCCCAGAUCUGCUAAAGUUUGAUCUGAACUGUCUAUUGUACACACACGGUAAGCUCUGCACCGGAUGCAAGAAGAACAACUCUUCUAAAUCCAAAGGGAAAGUAGCUUCAUCUCUUGAUGAUGAUGAUGAUGAUGAUGGUGGUGAUUGUCCUCUUUUGAAUCUUGAUGUAAAGACCCUGAAUCCAAAUGGUUAAUGUGAUGAACUUAUAAUGAAUGGCAAUGGCAUGCAGCCAUGACAUCAUUUCAUGAGGUAUC